AAUAGCGCGAAUGCAAAAGCUAGGAAGCACUAUCACCAUCUGGGUGCUCAGUCGUAUGGUCAGGCGAGAGAAUCGUGGAUGUACAACCAUUACCCCACGAUUGCGUCGACCACGGCAUCGGGCACUAGCUCUACGACGACAGUUGCACAGCGGCAACCAGAUAGAGCGCUCGAUUGGUGGUGUUCCAUGCAUGGGGUUGAUGCAAAGGGACAGAGAGUCAUACCUGAUCCCGCAACAAAACAGAUAGCUAAUGCCAUUAUUGGCUUGAAGGAAAAGGAGGCAACUGGUGAGUUCACUCCUAGAGGACAAGUUGAUGCCUUACACGAGACUCUAGGACGGGACCAGUAUGGACGUGUGAGGGGCGUAGGAGGUGUCCGCCUCGGGGUGAGAAAGGUGUAUGGUGAUCAAUACACCUCUACGUCAAGAUCCAGUGCCUCUAGUGUCAAUUCAGCAGCUGCCAUAGAUGUGGAGGCUAUGAAAGCCGAGCUUCGGGAGGAGCUGAGAGCGGAGAUGACUCAGAAUUUCAACGCCAUUUUGGCGCAGAUGGGCUUACCGACUUUUGGUGCUUUCCCGCAGGGCGGUGUUCCUGCGCAGCCUGUUCCUACGCAGCCUCAUCCAUAUCCGGAGUUCACGGUAGAGACACCAUGUGAGCUACUAAAUCAAGGAGAUGGUCAUGGUAGUUUCAUUAUCGUGGCUUAUGGAUCUGUACAGCCCCCUAGGGACCGGGUACGAUUGCACAACCACCAGUCGCUGAUAUUCACUAUGUGGUCAGCGUUUCAGACAUUGUGCCCGGUUUCGAAGCAUUUCCUCUUCCGCUGCCGAAUGCAGGAGAUGGUGUACAGUUAUUGUCUGAUGCCCUUGGCAGUUAUAUUUUAUGGCCGCGUGCAUUGGUGCGGUUAUCAGAUCAUGUACAAUGUCUAA